GGGGGGGGAGCCACAGAAACCUAAAGUGACAGGUAAACAGCAGAGGAGCGUCAGUCCGCUCUCAGACUGACACACGCACAGCAGCGGAGGAACACAACCUGCCCGCACGACUCAGUCAGCACCGACCACCGACUCCUCUCUACGGCGUCCAGAGUGGACAAAUUCAGCCUUUAUUUAGCGGGUUGAAGCAACUCCUGCUGAAGUGUCCAAAGAUAUUCCUUUCCGCCUCCAAGCUCCAAGGUUUCCUUCUUGCUGACGUGCAGGAAUAAUCCGCGCUCCGCCGGACUUAUGAUCGACCAGCGAUUCACGACUUCUCCUCUCCCGCUGAGAAAGCCGCAGAUCGGGACUGUGGCGCUGUGCUGAUGGACCCGGGCUCCGGCAGCUCGGCGGUGCUCUUUGCAGAAGGCUCAAAUAUUUUUGCUCAAACGCAGAGCUGACUGAGUGAUGGCGACAAAACUGCACCAGGUCACAGACUGGUCCUCUGCACGCUCCGAGGGGUGAUAGCAGAGCUGCUCUCUGCUGAAAGGAGUACUUUCCCAGUUUUGACUCGAUGCAUUCAAACCCUCGCAUGUUAACGAUGGAUCUGAAAGUGGAGCCGGAAGAGCUGGACUCGAACCAGCCUCCACCCAUUGAAGUUUUUGCGCACAGCUCGACCCUGCACGGAAUCUCCCACAUCUUCACCUACGAGCGCUUCUGGAUCAAGCGGUUCCUGUGGCUCGUCUUCUUCCUGGCCUCGCUGACUUUCCUGCUCUACGUGUGCGUGGAUCGGAUCCACUUCUACCUCGAGUACCCGCACGUCACCAAGUUGGACGAGGUCUCUACCCCGGUGAUGACGUUCCCGGCGGUGACCUUCUGCAACCUGAACGCGUUCCGCUUCAGCCAGCUGACCCGCAACGACCUCUUCUAUGUUGGGGAGCUGCUGGCCCUGCUCAACAACAGGUAUGAGAUCAGGGACAUACACCUGGUGGAGGAGAGUGUUCUGGAGAGCCUGAAGCUCAAAACCGACUUCCAGAACUUCAAACCAAGACCUUUCAACAUGCGGGAAUUCUACGACCGCACCGGCCACAACCUCAACGACAUGCUGCUGUCCUGCCACUUCCACGGCACAGAGUGCAGACCGGAGCACUUCAAAGUGGUCUUCACUCGCUAUGGGAAAUGCUACACCUUCAACGCCGGUGGAGAUGGGAGUCCUCCGCUCAUCACCACCAAGGGCGGCAUGGGAAACGGACUGGAGCUCAUGCUGGACAUCCAACAGGAUGAAUACCUGCCAGUCUGGGGAGAAACAGAUGAGACUUCCUUUGAAGCUGGGAUCAAAGUUCAGAUCCAUAGUCAGGAGGAGCCGUCCUUCAUCGACCAGCUCGGAUUUGGUGUUUCACCCGGAUUCCAGACGUUUGUGUCCUGCCAGGAACAGCGGCUCAUAUAUCUUCCUCCGCCCUGGGGGGACUGUAAGGUGACGCCCAUGGAUUCAGACUUCUUCGACACUUACAGCAUCACCGCCUGCCGCAUAGACUGCGAGACGCGCUACCUGGUGGACAACUGCAACUGCCGCAUGGUGCACAUGCCUGGCGACGCUUCCUUCUGCACCCCCCAGAUGUACAAAGAGUGUGCUGACCCAGCUCUUGAUUUCUUGGUGGAACAAGACAACGAUUUCUGUGUGUGCGAGACGCCGUGCAACAUGACCAGGUACAGCAAGGAGCUGUCCUUCGUCAAGAUCCCCAGCAAGGCCUCGGCCAAGUAUCUGGCAAAGAAAUACAACAAAACAGAGCAGUACAUUAAGGACAACAUUUUGGUUUUAGACAUCUUCUUUGAGGCUCUGAAUUAUGAAACUAUCGAACAGAAGAAAGCAUAUGAAGUGGCCGGACUUUUAGGUGAUAUUGGUGGUCAGAUGGGACUCUUUAUUGGUGCGAGCAUACUGAGUAUUCUGGAGAUUUUUGACUACCUGUAUGAGGUGAUAAAAUACAAGCUGUGUGGCUGCUCCGAUAAGAAGCACAAGCACAACAGCACCGACCAAGGAACGGUCCUGAGCUUGGACGACGUCAAGUGUCACGUCAGUAACUUUCAUUAAGCCGCCGUCUGGAGGAGGGAGCCUCUGCCUGGACUUUGCUACUGCGACAGUGUGAGGAUGAAUUAACUGGGCCUGGUUGGGCUUAACUCUCUCUGUGAACACGGUCAGGCGGCCAACAGAAGCAGACGGUCACGCAGGCAGUCAGCUGGCCUGCAGAAACCAGAGACCAACCUGGUCAGAUCAACUGCAUGGUCAUCUGAAACAUCGUUUGAAGACAGGAGCAGCGAAGCGGACAUCUGCUCCUUGAAGGUUCAUAACGUGUGCUGUGCUGUGGUGUGUUUAUCUGUCAGCGUGAUUAGGCUUUAUGUAAAAUGAUUGUUCAUUUGCAAGAAUUUUCUCAGUUCUGCACUAGUCCUGUUGCCUUUCUUCUCCUGUUUUUCCACCUGAAAAAAAAAAAAUCAUUUUUAUAUUUCUGUCCUCCAUCCUCAUCUUAAGAGCCCUUGAUAAACUCAGUGCAUUCUGCCAAAACACUGUACUACCUCAGCUUCCAGUGCAAAAGCACCAGCAUGAAUUUACAGACCAAGCUAAACUGACGAUCAGUAAAGUGAUUCUUAAUUAUCUGGGAAACGGUGAAAUAUAUAUGGCUAUAAAUCUGUUAGGAGGUGCAAGAUUUUAGUUGAGGCUCUUCUCUUUCAAAACACGUUUCAACUUUUGUAGUUAUAACAAAAUCAACACUAUUAACACGAUGAUUUAUUGUAUUUUCACAAACAGAACAAAAAAGCUGAGUCACAAACUUGCUCUAGAUCUUUUUGUGAUUCUAAAUGUAACGUCUUUCUUUUUACUUAAACCUUCUCAAGAAAUGUAACGGUUAAACAAAUGUCCUCUAUUUCACUUGGUGGACAUAUUCCUUUAUGUUUAAUUUUUUUGGAGAGUGGCUAAGAAAAUUGGGGACCAAGUAAAGAAAGAAGUAGCACUUAUGAAAAUGCUUCAAUUUCAGUUAUUUUAUAGCAGUUGCUAGGGAUGCCGGUAAUUGUUGCAGCAGUUAUAACUUGUGUGCAUUUCCUCAAACGUUCAGCGUGGAAAUUAUGCUUCUGCAAUUGAAGAUGAAUCUAUUUUAAGGAUUUUUUCACAACUUUACCAGGGGAAGGUGUAGAGAAAAAGAUUAACUUAUUAUAAGAGUACCAUCCCUGUUCCUGUAGUAGUUAAAUAAUAAAAACCAACUGCAAUUCUUGUUAAUUAGCAUUGUAUGUUUGGUUGGAAGAACCAGAAUAAUGGUACAAUACUUUCAAUAUUCACUCAAAGCCAAACAUUUCCAUUCCUGACUAGAGAAAUAGUCAGGAGGUCAAAUGAAGCGAAUAUUCAGGAAAGUUUCUCCCUAAUUCCCAUUUCAAAAUCCAACACAGGGACUCUGUCUUCAAAACGCAGAAACAGCUAUAGCAUAAAACUAUUUAUUUCCACAUCCAGCAGUUUGUAUCUCAUGAAGCCGUUCAUACAUUUAAUACUACACAACCUCUGUUAGUCAGUGUGUUUCUUAAGUGUUUUAAUACAUACAAAGUGAAGAAAAAUUAAAUAGCUUGUGUUGCUGAUAGUGAUGAGCUUGUCGGUGAUAAUCGCAGUUACCAAAUUUGCAGCCAGAACAUGUUAAAGUCGGGUUAGAGUAAGUAAGUAGUUCAGUCUGUUUCAGGUUUCGACUGAUAUUUUUGUCUGUUUCUGCUUAUUAACUCUGCUAAAAGUUUCCACAUUAGCAGCUUAUAUUUUGAGUCAUGCAAAGCCCCAAAGCGGUCGACCGCUGAUGGAGAUCAAAUAUUUCCUCAGUUAAGGCAACUUCCACUUAUACUGCAGGUUUUCCUGUGGCUUCAGUGUUUUAUUAAGUUGUCUCGGAUUAUGUUUUUUGUAACCUGGGGCAUGUUAAAAACACAGUGAUUUAUUUGGUGUUGUCACAUCAAAUAAACUUGCAAAUGGUACAAUUUUAACAAUCCUUAAAUCAGUUAAUCAAUAAAAACUAGAUCAAGCUACAAAACGCAAAUGUAGGUCACAAUAAAUACAGAGAAGGAUGUUGUUAAGAAGUGCUGUCCAAAUUUUGGGUCCUUUUAGUAAGGCUUCUAUUUACUGUAUAAGUAUAUAAUGUAUUAAUUUCAGCUCCAAAAUUUUACAUAUCAAAACAAGCAAUCAGACAUGAGUGAAAAUCAGUAUUUGUUACAUAAAACUGAGAUUUACCAGAUUAUAUUAGAAGAUGUCACGUAAUGCAAACCUUCCUCUAUAAACUCAAGUUUAUCUCUUUAAAUCUCAGAACAACAACAACAAAAACCAAUUUAUAUGGGAAAGUUCUAAAUGUUUAUAUUUCUCAUAUUCAUUUCCCUCCAGCCAAUCUAACACUAAGCGAUCACAUCAACGAAGAGGAGUUUACUGAAUGUGCUUUUCCUUCUUCUAGGGCUCUGACUUGCAUGUAUCAGUGCACAGCGGGUGUCUUAAAAAAUGUCGUCCACGUCAAUCAUUUGUGUCCUCCGUCUGCUUGCAGUAUGCUUGACGAUAUUUGCACAGUUGUUCCUGCCUGUUCAGGCCGUGGAAAGUGAAAGGAGGGGGGGGGGGAGGAGACGGUAGACGCUGCCCUUUGUGAACGUGUGAGCUCUGCAGGUGCAUGCUCAUGACUUGCUGUUCUGUUUACAUCUUAAAUGUUGUAUCCUCCCUGAGCUCUGUGUGCAAGCUUCAGCGGGAAACGGGAAUGUGUAGCUGUGUUGUGGUAGCAUCCAGCACAAACGUACCAUCGGCUGUAACUUGAUGUAAAUACUGCAGUGACCAUGGAUAAUAGCCCUGUUGUACUAGUGCUGUUUGCGUUGGGUUUAUUUAGCUCAGACUAACUCUCCGUCUCAGUUUUCUGUACAUAUGAGUCUUGAUGAUUUAUUUAUCCAAAGUAUAUGGAAUAGAAAAGCUGUGCCCUUUUUUUUAUUUGCUUUGUAACGAUCAAAACAGCUCUUUUCAUAAGUGUGUGUAAAUAUAAUGCCAAGUUGUUAUUUUCCAUCUGCAUGAACUCUUGAAUCUCUGUGAAAGCUCACAGGUUGGCAAGCUUUCUGCUUUUCUUCCAGCCUCUGUUGUAAACUUUAGGUUUUUGUUUGAAAUGAAGAAAUUUGAUUGGAGUAAAGGAAUGUUGUUUCUGUUUGUAGAUUUAUGGAUCAAAACAGACUUGCAGCAGUAGAUUUAUUAAAGAUGACAUGCUAACUUUA